AGAGGGGGGUCAGUGUGGUCGCAGCUGUAGUGGGGUGUCAUCUUCCGUGUGAUAGUGUGAUAUUGGGCGUUUCUGUCACCGCUGUUGCCGGGGGGAUAUCAGCUUCCUCCUGGGACUUUUUGGGAACAUUACAUCAUAAGAGUAGCCUAUGAAUGGCACAUUGAAGGAGCGCACGCGUAUUAAUCCAAAUGUUUAUAUCAUGACUGAUGUGUGUUUGUAAAUCAAAAGCCCACCUUGAUAUAGAUUAUAUGUUGCUGGAUGUGAUCAUGCAACUGUCAUGCGUGCAGCUUGGAGUAUACGCUCGACGCACGCAAGGACUGGGCGUAUGUGAUGAUGCCCCCAAAGCAUCUAGAGACCGACAAGGAGUUGUGAGGGUAGUCUGUGACAUAAAUUAAACGCCCCCCAGACGCUCGCCCGGCUGCGGGGUGGGGAUCGGUGCAGCUGUCAAUUUGCAUGUAUUUUGUGGCCAAAUCCAGGCUGUAUGGUCCGCCUGCCUGCCUGCCUGCCUGCGCUUCGGUUAAUCCCACAGCGGAUCAGCUUUACCGCUUCAGCCUGCCGUCUUGCAGCGCCUUCCCCUUCUCUCUCAUACACACACACACUUUAAAUGAUUACAUUAUUUUAAUCGGGCUCAUGUGACCGUGGUGUAUUGACGCGAUAAUAUCUGGAAGCGCUUGUUUUGGAGGCUGCACACAUCGGGAUAACACUUCAAGAAAAAAAAGGAUCGGUGACCGAGAUUUGAAACGCGAUCGCAGCUCGGAUAGUCCGCUUCUAUUCAGUCUUCCCACUUUGGAGAGGAGAACCCACCCUGGGUUCCUGGAUCCGGGGUUUUUAUAGCACUUAAAGGGUGACAAAGCCGAGAUGACAGGCUGGUUCACACACCACAGGGACUGGUGACCGUGUGGUGAUCCAGCGCGUUUGAUGAGCACAUCGGAUUACCGGGAGGAUGGCAUGGACCUGGGGAGUGAUGCAUCCAGUCGCUCCAGCUCAGAGUCCAACUCCAACAAGGUUACACCUUGCUCCCCUUCUAUUGACCUGGCCAAUUUGGAGGACUACAAAUCCUCCCCCUCUCUGGACCUGGUCACCUUAGAGGACUAUGAGGAGGACGAGGACUACCAAGAGUAUAAAAAGAAGGUGAUAGAGGAGUGGGAGAGUGAGUAUGGAGAAGACUACACUUCUCCACAGCCGCCCGGUCAGGAAGAAGGCAGAGGAGGUGUUGGGGGGGUUGACGGCCUUAGCGAAGGCUACAGGAAGACAGUGAACAGUCGCAGCCUCGCUGAAGAAUUCCAGGAUGUGAAGACCGUCCCGCCCCUCCCGGCCCCCAGCGGACGCACUGCCACCUCAGUUGCAGCCGUCCCAGAGGAACUGAAACAGAACGGCAAUCUGAUUUUGCCCAGGAGCCACCAGCUCCACUCGCCCAGUACACCGCAGGGCAGCACAGGGACUCCCAAGCCCCGCCACCGCAGCUCCAGUCAAGGCAGGGGGAGCCGCAGCACUGGUGGGGUUGGUGGUGGUGGUGGUGGAGGUGGAGAAGGCAGUGGAGGGACUGGGGGACGGAUGGGGAAAUACAAAGAGCAGGAGAGCGUAGAAGAGGAGCCUCUGCCCACCAUGGACUGGGCAGCCCUGGAGAGACACCUGGCUGGGCUGCAGUGCAGAGAGCAGGAGAACCAGAACCUCAACCACAACCAGAACCACAACAUGGGCAAGACCAACUACACCUCUGCCCAAAAGAAUGAGAGGGAGUCUAUCAGGCAGAAGUUGGCCCUGGGCAGUUUCUUUGACGAUGGGCCGGGCAUCUACACCAGCUGCAGCAAGAGCGGCAAACCCAGCCUGUCCUCACGACUGCAGAGUGGGAUGAACCUACAGAUCUGUUUUGUCAAUGACAGCGGCAGCGACAAGGACAGCGAUGCAGAUGACAGCAAGACAGAGACCAGUCUGGACACACCUCUGUCCCCCAUGUCCAAGCAGAGUUCGUCCUACUCGGACAGGGACACCACAGAGGACGACUCCGAGUCUCUGGAGGACAUGGACUUCCUGAGUCGACAGAAGAAGCUGCAGGCGGAGGCCAAGCUGGCCCUGGCUAUGGCCAAACCCAUGGCCAAGAUGCAGGUGGAGGUGGAGAAACAGAAUCGCAAGAAGUCACCAGUGGCCGACCUGCUUCCACACAUGCCUCACAUCAGUGAGUGUCUAAUGAAGAGAAGCCUGAAGCCCACCGACUUGAGAGAUAUGACACUGGGGCAGCUCCAGGUUAUAGUCAAUGACCUGCACUCCCAGAUCGAGAGUCUGAAUGAGGAGCUUGUACAGUUGCUGCUGAUUCGGGAUGAACUACACAUGGAGCAAGAUGCCAUGCUGGUCGACAUAGAGGACCUCACCAGGCAUGCUGAGAGCCAGCAGAAACAUUUGGCUGAGAAGACCCUAUCCAAAUAAGAUGCCCGUCCCUGCUCCACCCCGCUCCCCUCUGCCAAGCUAAGCUCCCGCUCCAAACCAGACUUUUCCCCUCUGGCCAUUCCACCUCUGCCCCAUGUCGAUCCAAAUCCUGCCCGCUUGUCCCAAGUAUUUUGCUCCUCGCUGCUUCCCCGUCUCCCCCUGUCUACCUUCCUGUCCAACCCACUGACUCCAGUGGUAGCAGCAGCACAGAAGAAGGCCACCCUCUUUCAUUUGCUUCUGUGGUUUUCUCCCAGCGCUACAGAUGGAGGAGCACUUCCUGCUUCCUGGGAGAAGAGGAAACUGAUUGUGUGUUGUCAUGGAUUCUGUCCCCAGCUUCCUGUGCAGUGAUCGGCCUUGCUUUGCUACUGUUUCUUUUUAACUUUCUACAUUCGCCACUAAAUUAUAACUGUCAAAUGCAAAAAUUGUGGGAAAAAAUAAAAUAAUAGUGAAAAAUUUAAGUAGAAAGUCAGUCAUGAGAAAAAAAGAAACAACAUUGUAUAAAAAAAAAACAGAUGGAAACUAACUUCUUCAGACCAUUUUAAGUUGGACAGUAAUUUUAAAGUAUUUCAAAGUCGACCUGUUUUUAUUCUGCACAAAUGGUAGUUUUCAACUGAGAAAUGUUUAUUUGAAGGUGCUAAAAGAGUGUAAAGGAAACAUGCCUGCCUUGUAGUGGAGUCGUAGCUUUUGGUAAUACGUUCACUCUAAUUGCUCUUCAACAUUUUGUGAAUGUUGAUUUUCUGACACGAGUCAUUUUAAAUGAAUAAGUGUGUUAAUAUCGUUUUCAUCCUACUGUAAUCAGAAACUUUAUUUGAGGGAAGAAAUGUUUAUGUACAGAUAUGUAAAAUAAAGAAUAAACUUUGUUUCAUAUA